AUGUUUAUUGUUAAUAUUAUUGGGCCUAAUUAGUUGGGCCUAGUUUAUUUAUCUAGUUGUCUUAGGGUUGAGGCCCAUCUCUUCCCUAUAUAUAUUGUAUCUUUUUCUCUUUUCAAAGGAGUAGAAAUGAUUAUUCUUUCUCUCAACAUGGUAUCAGAGCCUGAAGCCGUAACCUAGCGCCCCUUCUUUUGAAACCUGCUGCCGUCUUCUUCUUCCCAGCAACCUGCGUCCCUACGUUCCUCCUCUUCGCUAUCAACCUGUAGCCUCUCCAUCUCCAGCAACCUCCGGUACCUGUCGGCUGCUACUCUUCUCCCUACUGUUGCUGUUGGCAGCCCCUUCUUCCUCCCAUUGCUGUCGGCAGCCUUCAUGCAUCGUGCAGUGAUAGCCUAGACCUCUCCAUGCCCUGUCCAGUGCUUUCCGAGAGCCUCCUUGCUACCGACCAGCCUUGAUAUUUUCUGGAUCAUUCCUUAUAUGAUCUAAAUCCUUUUUUUUUAUACAACCUAUCAUCUGAGACCAUGUCAGAGACAGAAAAAGCUUCGGACUCUCUUGGAGAAUUGACCCAUAGUGCUCCUGGUGUUUAUCCCUCUUUUCCAAUAAAUCCCAUCAAGUUAGAUGGCUCCAACUAUCUGAUUUGGUCUCGCUCUUGCUACCUUACCAUUGUUUCACGUGGUCUUACCGGCUACCUUACCGGAGAGAGCGUGCAACCUACUACCGGAGAUGAUGCUAUCCGCAAGUGGAUCUCCGAGAAUGCCUUGGUUAUGGCUUACCUUGUCAAUUCAAUGACUGACUCUAUCGCCCGUGGCUACUUAUUUUUGGACACAGCAGCCAAGAUUUGGGAGGCUGCUAAGGACACUUAUUCUCAAGUGGGCAAUGAUGCCCAAAUCUAUGAACUCCAGCAAAAAAUUCAUGAAACCAAGCAAAGGGAGCUGUCCUUUAUCUCAAUAUUAUUCUGAGUUACGUAGUCUAUGGCAUGAACUGGAUUUUUAUGAUGAUUUUCAUCCUACCAACCCUCUUGAUGCUGCUGCCUUUCGGAAAAGGGUGGACAAAUUUCGUGUUUUUGAGUUCCUAGCAGGUCUUAAUAUGGAGUACGAUCAGAUUAGGGCCCAGAUCUUGUGUCGUGUGCCUUUCCCGACCUUGGAACAAUCCUAUGCCGUGAUCCAUCUAGAGGAGAAGCGUCGGAGCGCGAUGCAUCAACCCGUUGUCCCAGAGCGCUCUGCCCUUUAUACUAUUGCUGGAAGCGAAUCUCGCAGUCGUUCUGGCAAUGACAAACAGAUUGUGAAGUGUGAUUAUUGUGGAAAAGAACGUCACACCCGUGAAACUUGUUACAAACUUCACGGACGCCCUUCCAAUGCUGGCCGUGGCCGCGGACGGGGUCGUACCGGGCCUCAGGUGCACUUAAGUGAGGCCCCAGGUCAGCAACCAGCUGCUCCAUCAGACUCUUUAUCUGCUGCUGAGUUGACUAGUCUGCGCCUCCUCUUAGCACGCAACGUAGACAACCCUGGCACCUCCACAUCAUCGGCCUUGGGCACUUUGACCUCUAAUUUCGCACAGUCAGGACUUGGCAACGGGUCGGGAGAUUGGUCGUGGUAGAGUAGAGGGGCGCUUAUAUGUGUUCGAUUCACCACCAUCAGCUCAUCUUGUCACUCCAACUCCCUUGGCUACCCUAUCUGAGCUCCAUGUUUGGCAUCGC